AUGAAGGGAGCCACCCAGGGGCCCACAACAACUCAGAAGACGUUUCAGCUGGCUAGGGAGAAGCGAACAAACCAGCGUGUAAACGAGGCGAUUCAGUACACACAUCGGCAGCGCAUGGACAAGCUCAACGCUCAUUUGGGAAGCCUGUCCGAACACUUCGACAUCCCAAAGGUUGGCCCUGGCUGA